GCGUGAUGCAGCCCAAAAAAGGGGCAGCCUCGCACGUGUCCCUGCCGGCGCCCAGGCCUCUCGCGUCCGGGCCUCAAACGCUGCGGUCCAAUCGCCGCGGCCGCCUCGCGCUCCGGCCCCGUCUGCCGCCGGGAGACGCGAGGCAAGGGGAGCCCUGCCGCCCGCCGCCAUGCGGUUCCGGUUCGGGGUAGUGGUGCCGCCCGCUGUGGCCGGGGCCCGGCCCGAGCUUCUGGUCGUGGGGUCGCGGCCGGAACUGGGGCGCUGGGAGCCGCCCGGGGCGGUGCGCCUGAGGCCGGCGGGCACGGCGGCCGGAGCCGGGGCGCUGGCGCUGCAGGAGCCCGGCCUGUGGCUCGGGGAGGUGGAGCUGGCGCCGGAGGAGGCGGCGCAGGACGGGGCGGAGCCGGGCCGCGUGGACACUUUCUGGUACAAGUUCCUGAAGCGGGAGCCCGGAGGAGAGCUCUCCUGGGAAGGCAAUGGGCCUCACCAUGACCGCUGCUGUACUUACAAUGAAAACAACGUGGUGGAUGGCGUUUAUUGUCUCCCGAUAGGACACUGGAUCGAGGCCACUGGGCACACCAAUGAGAUGAAGCACACAACAGACUUCUAUUUUAAUAUUGCAGGUCACCAAGCCAUGCAUUACUCAAGAAUUCUACCGAAUCUCUGGCUGGGUAGCUGCCCUCGUCAAGUGGAACACGUGACCAUCAAACUGAAGCACGAAUUGGGUGUCACGGCUGUGAUGAACUUCCAGACCGAGUGGGAUAUUGUGCAGAAUUCCUCAGGCUGUAACCGCUACCCCGAACCCAUGUCUCCAGACACUAUGAUGAAGCUGUACAAGGAGGAAGGCUUGGCCUACAUCUGGAUGCCGACGCCGGAUAUGAGCACCACAGGCCGGGUUCAGAUGCUGCCCCAGGCGGUCUGCCUCCUGCACGCGCUGCUCGAGAACGGACACACCGUGUACGUCCACUGCAACGCGGGGGUCGGCCGGUCCACCGCGGCCGUGUGCGGCUGGCUCCACUACGUGGCGGGCUGGAAGCUGAGGAAGGUGCAGUACUUCGUCGUGGCCAAAAGGCCGGCCGUGUACAUCGAUGAGGACGCCUUGGCCCGGGCCCAAGAAGACUUUUUUCGGAAAUUUGGGAAGGUGCAUUCUUCCAUUUGCAGUGUGUAGGUGGCCGGUCUGCCCGCCCUCUCUCCCAGUCCCCCGUGGAAGCACGGAGCGGUGGCAGUUCAAGAGCCUAGAAACAAAGAUUCCACUCGAAGAGACAGGCCGCUGGCUUCUCCCCCAACCCACCUCUUUUAGUCUGGGGCUGACUUUCUCUUAUGCUUUGGUUGAGCUGUAUCAUCUUUGAAACAUUUCACAAAGGAAGCUGUGACUGACACAGGAGAAAAGGCCACAGGCAUCUGGGCCGUGCACUGCAGUUGUAGCAUCAGACAGAGGGAAUGUGUGCAGUUCCCGCCCCCGGCCGUGCUGACGCUGUUUGUUGUGUUGUGAAUUCACUGCUGCCAUUUCUUGCUGCGGAAAGUGGCACGCAGAAAAAAAGAUAGGGCGUUAAGUAGAUGUCAUCACUUGUAUGUGUGCGUGCACACACACCCGCACCCACCCACCCCCGCACACAAACACACACACACAAACAUUUUCUACUGAAAUGGUAAAAUGAGAGCUGGUCAAUUGCCAAAUAAGGACACAAGGGUAGAAGCCUGGACUAUGACAAAUGAAGACCUCAGUGUGACCAAAAUCGGUGGCUUUCUAGUCCUUGAUUUUGCAUCCUGCUUCAAAGUCUGUUCCACAGCAUCACCUUCCUGAUCCAGCCAUGACCCCAUGUAACAUCCAAAGUAGAGUUAGUGUCUCUCCCUUUGUUUUAAUUGAGGUUCAGUGAACACAGACAGGUUGCUUAAGGGUUCAAUGCUAUUUAAGAAUGAGCUGGAGAUUUUUUGACUCAGUGCUUCUUCAACACAGCUUGUUCUGCCAGCAAACGCUAGCGAACUCACUUUCUCUGUUACAGAGUCAGGUUGCUGUUUCUGCAGCAGUUCUUACCAUGAGAAAUGGAACAGCAAUCUGAUCAGUUGCCAAAGAAUUCAGGAGAGUUCUUAUAUUUUGUAUGACCUGCUUUAAGACCUGGUGGGCUGUCUCAAGGCCAAGUGCACUGAGCCAUAGUUCACAAGAGGAGCUGCAUGGGUGGGGCGAAAGUAGGUUUAUGGUGCAAGUACGUGAAACAAGUUUAUUCCUGUUUCGUUAUUUAUUAAUUAUUGUGUUAGUUUCCAUAUGAACAACUGUAAACCUACUGGGCCUCAUGCUGUAUUACCGACAGAUCUCCCAGAGCCCAGACGCAUAGCUCGUGGCUGCACAGCUGGGGAGCCGUCCUGGUCCGCACUCAGGGUAGCCCCAUGACAAUACACAGUGCACCGUCACUGUGCCUCCAGGAAGUGCAGCCCACGGCCUCUCCCUAGAUCCUGCUGGCAACUCAAAGACAAAUGAGAACGAGACUUUGCCCGUGAAAGCUCGUAGCCUAGGAACAGCCCGUGUUCCAUUUGGUACCACAUAGGAUUGAACCGUGGAUGCCAUACCAGGUAUUGGGUGCGUCUUAUGUGCUAGGAGCUUUGCCACCUUAUCCCUUUUAAUCUUCGCAGUGCCCAUGAGGGAGGCCUUGUCCUCUCCACUAUACAGACGAGGUAAGUAAGGCCCAGAGAGGUUAAAGCAACUGGGUAGGACAACAUGGGAAAUAAACAGAGGAAAUGAGAUACACAUCUAGGUUUGUCUGAGUCAAAGCCUAUACUGUUCCUACUAAACUGUAAUUCUCAUUUAGUUUUCUUUCGUAAAUGUUAAUUGAUAGCUAUGAGGCAGUCUGGUUUGGGAAGGGUGGGAAUGAGAGGGAUGCCAGGUGAGACCCAGUGGCGUUCAGAGGAGGGAAGGGAGCUUUGUAACCGUGGGCCUCAGGGGAGAGGGCGUCUGGUUUGGCAGGGAAGGUCGGACAAGGCACAUUUCUCCUAUAGUUUUACAAAGUUAGAUUUGUAAGCCAAGAUGGAAUAAUAUGAAGUCCAGCUCCCUUGCUAGAAAGACUAGAGGUAACUAUUGUAAAAAAAAGUCACCCCUUUAUGGUCAUAAUGCAUUGUGUAAAAUUUAAUCUUAAAAACAAAGUAUUUCUAACUAAUUGUAUAUUUGUGUGUGAAUUUCCUUAAUGUCUAUGAAAUCCAAUUAUGUAAUUUUCACUAAAGGAAAAUCCUUUUUGAAUGAAAUUUUUUUGUUGUUCUGAUAGGCAAAAUUAUUUUAGGGCUAAUAAAGAAUGUUUUGGAAUAACUUCCCUUUUCUUCAGUGGUUGGAUUGUCUGGUGUAUUUCAAAAUCACCUGUAAUUUCUCCUCAAUAAAAGAAUUGAAAUGA